AUGUCACCUUCAACCACACAAAUUGAAGUCAGCUGGGAACUGUCAUCCAGCCUAUGCUCCCCUGACUACUAUAUCAUACGUUAUAGUCUCUAUCAGAAGCUUGCCUGCUCUUCACCAGAAACCAACCCAACAGAGUUUGAAUUGAACACCAAUGUCACACAAUACAAUCUAACUGGGUUGGAGCCUUACUCGCGAUACCAGAUCACAGUUACAGCUGUAAAUGGUACCGGGCAGAGUGAACCCACGAUCGGCUAUUCAAAUACCAGGCCUGGACAACCAUCCAACAUUACAAAUGUUAGGGUGAAUCCAGAAAGGACGUCUCCAACGCGAUUAGGAUUCACCUGGCAACCUCUCAACUGUAGAAAUGUGAAUGGAGUGAUCUGGUACUACUAUCUAAGAAUCUUCAAGGAUUGUGAUAGAGUUGGGCUACCGGCUGGGAGGACAUACUUGGAUAAUGACUUUUCAUACUCAUCAGUAGAGUUCAAUGGUCUUAAGGCAUGCACGAUGUACGAACUGCAUAUCAAUGCCGUCAACCGUGAUGUGAUCUAUGUUGAAAAUCUGUUUCGUGCUAUCGGUGUAACAGGAGUUACUUCCGUGGUAAGGGGAGAGGAGAGCUUACCCAUCAAUGUUAUUGGAGACACACGAGGUGGAGAACCCUCUGCCAUUGAAUCAGUUUCGUACACCUCUACUGCUCACUCAUUGCACUUUGUGUGGGAGGAACCCUCUUGUGAAAACCUACAAGGUGUUUUGGAUGGCUAUGACGUCGAUCUCUACGAUCCUACUGAACCUCCAAGCUUUCUCGAAGCUAACAUAAUCGUCCUAGAUGUGACCUCUCACUCGAUCACCAUAAGAUGGGCACCUUGGAAUGAGACUUAUGAUCGUGGUGAUGGGCCAGUGAUUGGAUAUCGAGUCUACUACAACACACACGAACAGGAUGACAUAGCCAAGGCCCCAGGACAUCUCAUCAUAGAUCCAACUUUCACCAUCAAUAAUUUGACACGGGACACAGAGUACGAUUUCAGAGUGACGGCUUCGAGAGAGGGGCCAGUGGGUGAGGGGAUGUUGAGCUCAGUAGCAGGAGCAAGGACAAAGUGUACUGGUAAGAGCAGUAGAUAA